AUGGCUGUCAAGAAGUCUACGAAAAAGGUCAUCUCCGACAAGGAGGCCACGGGAAACAACGAGAUCACUCUCAGGGAGUCGAUCUUCCCCCUCUUUUUGGUGACGAUCUUGUUCUUCCUCUGGGGAUUUGCAUACGGAUUGUUGGAUGUCUUGAACAAGCAUUUCCAAGAAGUCCUGCAUAUCACUAGAUCUCAGAGCUCCGGGCUGCAGGGAGCGUACUUUGGUGCAUACUUCCUCGGUCCCUUGACAUUCUCCGGUUACAUUCUCCGCCGAUGGGGAUACCGCGUUGCCUUCAUGACCGGUCUCUGCAUUUACGGAGUCGGCGCAUUGAUGUUCUGGCCCUCCGGAAUGAAGGAAUCCUUCGGUGGAUUCUGUGGUAGCAUGUUCAUCGUCGGAUGUGGCCUUUCAACCCUCGAGACCGCUGCCAACCCUUACAUUUCCGUCCUUGGACCCCCCAAGUACCUCGAGAUGAGACUCAAUUUGGCCCAGGCCGUCCAGGGUAUGGGAACUGUCCUCGCUCCCGUUCUCGCCUCCCACGUGUUCUUCAAGAGUGUCUCCGACUCAGCACUCCAGAGCGUUCAAUGGGUCUACCUCGCAAUUGCCUGCUUCGUCUUCUUCCUCGCUGUCGUCUUCUACUUUGCUCCGCUCCCCGAGAUUACAGAUGCCGAUAUGGAGACUCAGGCCCAGGACGAUGCCGGAGAUGGCACUGCAACCACCUCCUCAAAGCCAAUCUGGCAACAGAAGACCCUCAUCUGGGGUGUCCUUGCUCAGUUCUGCUACGUCGGAUCUCAAUGCGCUGUUGCUGGAUUCUUCAUCAACUACGUCACCGAAGCCAAGCCUGGUCUAUCCUCUGCCGAAGGAUCCAACUUCCUCUCCAUCGCACAAGCUGGUUUCGCCAUUGGUCGUUUCAUUGCCGGUUUCUCCAUGAAGUUUGUCAAGCCCCGUCACAUUCUUUUCGUCUUCUUGGCUGGAUGUGUUGCGUUCGCCGCCGCCUGCAUCAAGGGAGAGGGAAACACUGCUGUUGCAUUGAUCCAUCUUGUCCUGUUCUUUGAGUCUUGCUGUUUCCCAACCAUCUUCUCGCUCUCCCUCCGUGGUCUUGGAAGACACACCAAGCGUGGUGCCUCCUUCCUUGUUGCAUCCGUCUGUGGUGGUGCUGUUUUCCCACCAAUGAUGGCCGUUGUCUCUGAUUCCAGGAACUCCACAAAGUUUGGAAUGAUUGUGCCAAUGGCUGGCUUUAUCGCGGCAUUCUCAUUCCCCAUCUACUUGAACCUCUUUGAAGCCGAGAGACUUGACUCCUACUCCAAGUCCACCGUCGGUCUCGAGAACAAGGAGUCUGAUUCCGAGAAGCUCGGUGUCGAGAGCGACAAGGGCACUGAGGAGAUCAGAGUUGAGAAGUUGUAA